AUGGUAAACUACAAUGAUCCUACUUAUUUGAAAGAUAGAGCCAUUUUGUUUCCCACCAAUGAAGAUGUUGAUAAGGUUAAUGAUUACAUUCUAUCGAAACUUCAUGGAGAGUCCAAAAAGUACUUGAGUUUUGAUAAAUUAUGUCCUGAUUCAGGCUCCGUUGAUGAACAGUCUAUUCUAUUUCCAACUGAAUUUUUUAACACCUUAAAAUUUCCUGGAAUUCCUAAUCAUGAGUUAGAGUUGAAAGUGGGUGUUCCUGUUAUUCUGUUGCGAAAUAUAAACCAUUGUGAAGGCCUAUGCAAUGGCACAAGAUUGAUAAUUACAAAGUUGGGAACAAGGAUCAUUGAAGCUGAAGUUGUGACUGGAAGCAAUAUUGGUAAACGAGUUUUUAUCCACCGUAUAAUCAUGUCCCCUACUGACACAAAAUGGCCUUUUACUCUGAUGCGUAGGCAAUUCCCAUUGAAAUUGUGCUUUGCAAUGACUAUCAAUAAAAGUGAAGGUCAGACUUUUAAACAUGUUGGUGUUUAUCUACCAAAACCAGUGUUCAGUCAUGGCCAAUUGUGUGUGGCUGUCUCAAGGGUUACUUCUCGCUAA